CCUCCUUGUCCUUCAACGUCCCACUCGAGCGCCACUCCCUCCUUUUGGCGCGUCGCGGCGGUGUCAUGGCGUUCACACUGUACUCGCUGCUGCAGGCCGGGCUGCUCGUCGUCAACGCUGUCGCCGUGCUGCACGAGGAGCGCUUCCUCCGCAACGUUGGCUGGGCAAGUGAUCAAGGGAUUGGAGGAUUUGGAGACGCACCAGGAAUUAAAGCACAGCUAAUGAACCUCAUUCAGUCUGUACGAACCAUUAUGAGAGAAGAAAGCUGCUGACGAGACAAGCUGGGGGCUGUCACUGCUCUGGUGGUGAAUCCAGGGGUGUUAUCAAGACAGAGAAGGAGAAGAACAGUAACACAAAAAUGGAAAUUGUCUCUUCAGAGUUGGCGAACUCUGUGGAUACAGUGUGCUUGUCAGAAAUGUAACUUACACACACCGGGCCAGUCAAAUCCACUGUUGAAAUCUUAUCAGAGCUUUUGUUCAUCACUGCAGUAUUUUCCAGGACCACUGCAUGUGUACCAAGGUCUUUGGAGGAGUAAUGUGAGGUGCAGUGCCUGGUGCAACAGAAAUGGGAUGAAACAAAUCAUUAGGUAUUAGAUUAAGCAUGAAGAGCUGAAGGGAUGAAAGACACGGACUCCUGAUGGCUCUUGAACAGAAGACCUUUAUUGCCAUUUUCCUCCACUACAUAUACUUUCCCCAUAGCCCCAUGCGCUGCCCACACGCCCGAAUCUGUCAUACAAUUGGUUAGAGACCCUCAGACAUGCGCCUCAAGCCAGUCAGCAAUUGGCCACUGCCCAAAGCUCAUCUUUAACACUGUAGCCAAGUUAAUUUAUCUCGACCUUGCUCAUGUUUUUGUUUCUACCACUUAUUUCCUCAUUAUCUCUAAUUCAGGGACGUGUGAAACAGCGCAAAGCCAUCUGUGAAUUCCUUUCCCCGCAAAGAGCUAUUUGUAUUUGAAGCCAAUCCAAUUAAUAACAGGAUAUAGCUAACAGCAGUACAGAACUGAUAGCUGGGGUGCUGGUGAUAGAGCUGAUUUAAUUAAUUAUGGAGGUGUCCUUUUACACUGCCUCUUAUCUUUUUGCCCUUUAACAUUAAAAGGGUCUUAUCCUCUUCUCCAUUUGGCUAGUUGCAUUCAAACUAAAGCUGAACAAAAUUUUUAUUUGAAGGGAUUUCUCAAAAUAUAUUACCUAUUUCCUCAUUAUAGAAAUACACAUCUCAAGGAAUGUCUCUUAUCUUGUGAUUUCUGGUUGUUCUUCCAAAAAUGAAAACUUUGUCAGUAGUGAGAAAUUAGGGGCUUGGGUCUCUUAAUAUUCCUUAAUAAAUUUUCAAUAUACAUAUACAUAUAUAAAAUCUGGGGAGAGGUCAAAGAAUUUGGUUCAGAUAUAAAACAAAACCAAAUGUCAUUUCCCUAAAAUGGUGUUACCCAAACAAGUGCCCUAGCGGUUCUCCAGCCACCGUUAAUGCACCCCACUGUAAGGCUGAUGGAGAAAGAAUUUGUGUAACCGAGGACCCCAAGACGCAAUGGGUUUUGGCAGGCUCUUUCCAUGAGCUCCCCUGAUUAUACUUGGCUCCUGCAGGAAUUCCUCACUGCACACAUUUCCUUGGUGACCCUGGGUCCUCCCCUGCUGCCACUCACCUCAGGAGAACUUUCACUGCUAUGCUGAUCACAACCAACAGUAACAGACUGCCACUGAGAGACACUAUGAUAAUGUUAUCAGUAAUCAGUGAUGAACCUUGAAAAGCAGAUGGAAACCACAGGUGAGUUUUGCCAACAAGCAGCUUUAGGAAAUGCAACCUUUUGCAAAAGGACCCCAGGUUGUCACAGGUUGCACACAGGUCCUUCUGCUGCAAACCAUGGACUGAGAGGGGUGACUGACCAGCUGUGAGUUAGGAGGGCAUUCCCGUCAACUAGUUUUUCUUCAAAAAUCUUGCAGCUCAGUUAAUUAACUCAUGGGUGUUUAUCUACCAAAGGACAAUCCCAAACUGCUUCACAGAGCUGAUGCUGAAACCCAGCCCUAUGGAUCUAAGGAUGGAAUAGUGUAGCCCCACACUGCUAGACCACAGAACUGUCAUUUCAGAUAUUAUUCACUUUUUUGCAGUAAAGUCAUUGCAGGAUCCCAUAUCUUACUGCUUCUCUCGCCAGCACUCUCCAUCCACUUCCACCCUUUUCAAUUUCAGUUUCCAUCCUUUUUGGCUCUUGGGUUUAUUUCAAAACUUAAUGGACUGAAAUCUGGCUUAGAUUUCCCCUUCUACAUCCAUUUUCGAGUUCCCCACUCCUGUCUUCUGCCACAACAGCUCCUUUCAUUUCCAUCAUUCUGCCCUCUCUAAAAUCCCAACAGCAACAGAUCUAUGGCUAAUUCCUUCCUUCCUUUUGAGCUCAUUCACAAAGCUGUAUCUGUUAAAUCUUGUACAUUUGCUAACAUUUGAUAACAUUGCUAUUACCUAGAGCCUCUCACUGCUGUUGUCACACAAAUAAACACUGCAAAACUGAUUUUAAAUGCUAAUGAAAAAAAAAA